UCAGCGGGAGUGACAUCUCUCGAAAUGGCGGUUCUGGAAACCUUCGCCAGACAUCGACUUGGGGCAACGAGAGAACACUGGAACAACGUCUUACGUCGCAAUGUGAAGGUUCUGCGAUUUGGUGGGGUAUGGCGGCCAGCUUCCAAAAGCGGCUGGCGGUCCUGCGCGUUCCCACUGUACUUCGCCUCAGUGUGUGGCAGCCUGCUCAACAUCAUAGGGCUGGACAUCGUCAGGAGCUGGCUGCUGUGGGGGGACAUGACCGAGGUCACCUUCGCCCUCGUGUCUGCCAUGACCAACGUCAACGGCGUCUUCAAGAUGGUCCACUGCUUCAGACACUGCGAGACGUACAGCCGGCUGGUGAGCGAGCUGAACGGCCUCGUAGCGCUCCAGCGGCCAUAUUGCGAGGGGAACGGCGACCUCAUGGCGGCCUUUCGCAAGGCGUGCCGGAGGGCUGCGCGGCUCACGAUUGGCUGCCUGACGUACAUGAACGUCCUGGGGCAGAUGUGGUGCGUAGUGCCGCUGGUGUCGCACGUGCCGCCAGACAGCAGGGAGAGUCCGCUGCCCCUGGUCAGCCUGCCCGGCCUGCACAGGGAGAAUCGCGGCUGGUACUUGUUCGCCUACCUGGUGGAGUGCCACGCCGUCUUCUAUUGGAACUUCGCCAGCCUCGGCAUGGACAUGUUUUUCGCCUCGAUCAUGAUCCAGGUAACGGGCCAGCUCAACAUCCUCAACAUUCGGCUGACACAGCUGAAACAGGAAGGGUCAACAGAAGACCGGGCUUCACUAUCCAGGUCCACUGGAUUCAACCUCAGCAGAAACGACCGACAUCAGGAGCGGAGCGCCGAUAAUUUUACCAGAAUGAACAGCGAAUUGUGCGAGUGUGUGAAACAUCAUCAAGCAAUACUAAAGUACUUGGAGUUCUUGGAGAGAGUCAUGAGCCCUGUGGUGUUGACACAGUUCCUGUGCAGCGUGGUAGCAGUAUGUGUCACGCUGUACCAGAUAACAUUUAAUCCCGAAGGCAGUGGGGUGAUAAAAUGCGCCAUGUUCCUUCCAAUCCCGGCUCUACAGAUAUUCGUCUAUUGCUGGUGUGGACAUGAUAUAAUGGAAGCAGGCCUGUCCGUGUCGCUUGCUGCGUACAGCUGCGCCUGGGUGGGCGUGGGUCGGCGAGUGACCAGCGCGCUGCGGAUCGUCAUGUGCAGAGCCCAGAGGCCACUGCAGCUCACCGCCGGCAAGGUCUACCCCGUCAACAGGGACACCUUUCUGUCGCUGAUAAAUGCGUCGUACACGUUCUACACUCUCCUGCGGCAAAUGAGAAAUCGUUAAACAGAUUAUCUCAUUCGGAAAUGGAUCAGAAGACACGCGAGAUGUUGAAAAACAAAAGUGACAGCCAUAUGAAUAAACACAGGACGAAUAUUUCUCUAUUAGAUGGUUAAUUGUUAU